AUGAAACUCUUCCACGCCGUCCACAGUGAUCCGCUGCCCCGGCUGGAGCACUAUCGAACAUCGCAGAAAGCCAUCCGGCGGCCAUCCAUCGGCGAACUGCACGGUAACCUGGAGGAGCAGAUUUCGAAACCCGACGAUAAACAUGACACUCCGCCAACCGAUCGGACCGGAGACCAGCACCACCCUUGCCCGGCGGCUCGACUCGGCUGGAUACAGGGCGUUCUGUGUCCGUGUCUGCUCAACGUCUGGGGCGUUAUGCUGUUUCUACGCAUGAGCUGGAUCGUGGCGUUGGCCGGCAUACUGGAGACGCUACUCAUCAUCGGGCUGUCGUAUACGGUGUGCAUUAUCACGACGCUGUCGCUUUCGGCGCUCUGCACCAAUGGCCAGGUGAAGGGUGGUGGCAUCUACUACCUCAUUUCGCGCUCCCUCGGCCCCGAGUUUGGUGGGGCCGUCGGCAUCGUGCUCGCGUUCGCGAACUCGGUUUCGGUGUCGAUGAACACGAUCGGUUUCGGCAGCUCGCUCAACCAGCUACUCGGUAGCUACGGAGUGAAGAUCGUCGACGGUGGCGUGAACGACAUACGGAUCGUCGGCACGGCGACAAUCCUGCUCCUGGCGAUCGUUUGCGUCGCCGGCAUGGACUGGGAGGUGAAGGCCCAGAACUUUUUCGUCAUCGCCAUUGCCGUGGCCAUCGUGAGCUUCGUUGUCGGUGUGGCGAUUGGGCCGCGGUCGGACAGCGAGCUGGCGAAAGGUUUCAGUGGACUGUCCGGGGAGCGUCUGAUGGCCAACCUGGGCCCGGACUACCGUUUCAGCGAGCGUAUCCAUCAGGACUUUUUCAGCGUGCUCGGUGUGUUCUUUCCGAGCGUGACGGGCGUACAGGCGGGGGCAAACAUUUGCGGUGAGCUGAAGGACCCAGCCAAGGCCAUACCGAAGGGUACCCUGCUUGCACUGCUCGUGUCCGGCGUAUCGUACGUGGCGUUUGUGCUGCUGGCUGGUUCCGCGGCCCACCGGGAUGCUUCCGGUGUGCUGGGAGACCUCGUGAACGGAACGUUCGUCGGGUGCUCGGUCCCUUCAUCCCCGUGGGACCGUCCGUGUGAGUACGGGCUACACAACGACUACUCGAUCAUGCAGCUGAUGUCACUCUCGGGAGCCCUCGUCUAUGUGGGCUGUUUCGCCGCGACCCUGUCCAGUGCACUCACGAACCUGCUCUCCGUGCCGCGCAUCAUUCAAGCCCUGGGAACCGAUCGCCUCUACCCGGGGCUGACGUACUUCGCUCGGGGCUACGGUGUCCGGGGCGAACCACUGCGAGCGUACGCACUAGUGUCCGGGGUGGCGAUCGUCUUCCUACUGCUGGCCAAGCUUAACCUCCUCGCGCCGCUCAUAUCCAACUUUUACCUCGCCUCGUACGCGCUGAUCAACUUCUGUACCUUUCACGCCGCCACCGUCUCACCGAUCGGUUGGCGGCCCACGUUCCGCUACUACAACCAGUGGGUCAGUCUGUUCGGUACGGUGCUAUGUGUGCUGCUCAUGUUCCUAGUUGACAUCAUAGCCACCGGCAUAACGAUGGUGCUCAUCUUCGUACUGCACGUGGCCGUGAUCUAUCGCAAACCGGCCGUAAACUGGGGCUCGACGACGCAGGAGCAAACCUACAAGACGGCCCUGGCGGCCGCACUGAAACUGCGCCAGAUUGGCGACCACGUGAAGAACUACCACCCGUCGGUGCUAGUGUUGGCCGGGAAUCCGCUCACCCGGUUACCGCUGGUCGAUCUUGCCCACCAGAUCACCAAGCAUCACGCGCUCAUGAUCGUUGGGGACGUCGUCCGGGAGCGACUGUCGCAUCGGAAACGCGAAAUGCGAACGAUCGCGAGCCGCCGAUCGAUGGAAGUGCGCAAGAUCCGUGGCUUCUACCAGCUGAUCGAUGGGCUCGAGUUCGAGCAAGGCGUCCGGGCACUCAUACAAACGUCCGGUGUGGGGAAGCUGGCCCCGAACAUUAUCCUCAUCGGGUACAAAGCGGACUGGACCUCCUGCUCGCCGGAGGAUCUUCAAACGUACUACAAUGUGCUCAAUGACGCAUUCGAUAACCGUAUGGCGCUGGCCAUACUCCGGCUACCGACGGGGAUCGCCGCCAACGAGAAUGGAAUCGAACCUGAAGCGGUACUGAGCGCCACCGCUUCCGUGUCGAGCCUUCAGCAAAUGGCUGAUCGCGGGGCAACCUCACCGCCACACACUCUGAUGUACAUAAACUCAACGCUGGAGCUUGGGACAACGAGUUCCGGAAGUUCUUCGCUCUCGACUCCCGAGCAUUCCCCUUCCUGCUGCAAUUCGAACGGCACAGGCAGCGAUUCUAGUCGCCUCGCACCGAAAGCCAUCAUCGACCAGCUGAACGUCUUUCAACGGAAGCACCCAACAGGAGGUACGAUCGACGUCUGGUGGCUCUACGAUGACGGUGGGCUCACCGUGUUGAUCCCGUACAUCCUGUCCCUCCGCUCGACGUGGUCCCGGUGUCAGGUGCGUAUCUUUGCUCUAACCAAUCAUCAGGCGACGCUCGCCGAGGAACAAACCAAUAUGGCCAUUCUGCUGACAAAACUUCGGAUCGACUACUCCUCGUUGACCAUGCUGGAGGGCUUGACAAAACCCCCGCAUGCGGAUACUGUCGCCAUGCACCGGCGGCUUCUGGAUCACUGGUGCAGCAACCGGAACAUCCCGGAGCCGUGUGUCGGUGAGCUAGAAGCCAAAACCAAGCGACAGUUGCGCCUCCGGGAGAUGAUCCUCGAAAACUCGACCGCUGCCAGCCUGAUCGUGAUGUCGAUGCCAAUGCCACGUUUGGGAACUGUUUCCGCUCCACUCUACAUGUCCUGGCUGGAGAUGCUUACGAAGGACAUGCCGCCGAUGCUGCUCGUACGUGGCAAUCAGACGUCGGUGCUUACGUUUUACUCGUAA